UCUUUCACAGGUUCUGUUGCAAUCUGGGGUGAAUUGUGUUUUCCUGACAUCAAGCUCUGUGUGUUAUAAGAGUUCCUGAAGUAGGAAGUGAGGGUGAUUCUGGCCUCUUGAGAGCAUGGAGACAUCAGUGGACCAGAAGCAGGAUGGAGUCUCAUUCACCCAGAGUAACCCGCUGUUUGACAUGACUGAUCUCUACAGCUUCCAGCCCGAGGAUCUAAAGCCAGCAAGGCCCAGAAGACAGUGGUGUUUUAAUGUGAUUAUCGUUUUCUUCAUCUUGCAGACCGCCCUUAAUGCCUUUCUCAUUUAUAAAGUUAUCAAGUUGGGGUCUUCAUUGUCUAAUCCCAGGUUGGAGAGGCUGACAUCCAAUCCUUUUGGGGAAGAGGGUGAUGACCACAUUCAAACUCUCCUCUACAACAACAGUCUAGAAACCAAGACCCUGAGGGGGCAUCUAUGGGCCCUGAAGAGCCAGGUCAACAGCCUGUGUGGAGAGGAGGGGCAUCUGGCCAGGCUGCAGUCUGACCUGAACCUGCUCAACACCAGCACCCACAACCUGGAGGGCAAACUGACAACCAUUAGCCUCAUACCAGGACCUCCUGGUAUUCCGGGAAAAGAUGCGCUUCCAUGCACGCCAGGAGAGAGGGGUAACAAAGGUGACAGUGGUGUUCCUGGCCCUCUAGGACCAAAGGGUGAAAUGGGACUCAACGGACAACCUGGGACGCAAGGAGUUGCUGGUGAAGUUGGUCCAAGGGGUUCACCUGGGCUCCCAGGAGACCCUGGGAAACAAGGACCAGGUGCAAAGGGAGAGAAGGGAGAACGUGGGGCACAAGGUGUAAAUGGGCCCCCUGGUUUCAAUGGAACUGAAGGUCGUCCUGGACCACCAGGUCCCAAAGGAGACAUGGGAGACAAAGGAAAUCCACCAGAGUGUAAUUCUGCAUUGACUGUGCGUCUUGUGCCGGGGAAAGCCAGAGGGCGAGUGGAGGUGAACUACAAAGGAGUCUGGGGCACUGUGUGUGAUGACGGCUUUGACACUGUGGAUGGCAAGGUGAUCUGUAAGAUGCUGGGCUUCCAAACUGCCAUUUACACCUUCACUGCCAGCCCAGGCUCUGGUAGGAUCUGGCUGGAUGAGCUCCAAUGUUUAGGAACAGAGUCUGACAUCUUUAGCUGCCGACACCGAGGAGUUGGUGUUAACAACUGCCAGCACAAUGAGGACGCCGGACUGCACUGUGUCUAGACUGACACCUUGCCGAAGAACGGCUCCUACAAAAGUGACAAUACUAAUGAUGUUCACAGCUGGAUAUCAUUACAAAUUCAUAAAACAUAUCAUAAAAUUGCAUUCAGUUCAAAGUUUCACUUUAUUACUAAAGACAUUAGCCAAAAUGAAAGUGUACUGUAAACACAAAAAUCAUGCUAAUAAAACUUUACUGGAAUAAAAUUCCCAGGCAUCAUUUCUUCCCUAAUAUUUCCCAAAUGAGUACUGUACUGUAAACACAAAAAUCAUGCUAAUAAAACUUUACUGGAAUGAAA